AUGGUUCAUCCAUAUCAGAAACAACAACAAAUUAUUCCGCCUCCAAAUAAUCAGUUGCCUCAGCCUACACAACCACCAAAAUCCACGUCAAUGCCAACACAACCAAAUCCCAAUCCCAACAAUAAGGCAACACAACCUAUGUAUAAUAAUGAGGUGGCAGGACAUCCUACUUAUCUAAUCAAUGCAGUGGAGCUUGAAGGAGUACAAUUAAGGUUAGGGAAAGCCCUCCAAGGCCCUACCAUUACGGAAUUAAAUGAUGAACCUGAGGAGGACCUUGAAAAAGAACCACCAUUUCCCUACCGAUUUCUUUCAAAACCUAUACAAAAGGAGGCCAUAAAGGAUAUUCCAGUGUACAGCAAGAUUGUUCGUGAGUUAUGCACAAUGAAGCAAAAGAAGAAGGAAGACCCAAAGACUGUCCAGGUUAUCGAGCAAUUGGCUGACCUUAUUCUUGCGAACUUGACCAUUCUAAAAUAUUCAAAUCUAGGGAGUCUUGUUAUCAUGGUAAGUAUUGGUAAGGUCACUAUUCCCAAUACACUUGUUGAUUUAGGUGCUGCAAUAAAUGUAAUGACAAAUGAGACAAAGGAAAAAUUAUCACUUGGGGGACUUAGGCCUACUCCCAUAGUCCUCCAGAUGGAAAACCAAUCAUUGGUCAAGCCUGAGGGGGUUAUAGAGGAUGUAAUUCUUUCCAUUGAUUCGUGGGACUAUCCGACUGACUUUAUGAUCCUGCAGCCUAAAUUUAAGUUGGGGGGAUACCCCUUGAUCUUGGGACAACCUUGGCUAGCUGUUGUCAAUGCUUUCAUCAACUUUCGGUGA